AUAUGUAGCCGUGCUUGGAGCUCUGGCUUAGAGUAUGCAAAUCGGAUCGCGGACUGCGACCUGUCUCUCCUGGCGCUGCUGUAAUGAUGGCCGGGAAUCCGGGGCGUCGCGCCAAUGCAGACUUCUGCAACCUUGACAACUUGUCCCCAACCUUGCGCCUUGACUUCGCUCUCCAAUUUGUGCAACGCCGACUCGGUCGACUUGACCUCUUUCUGGCGGUGAUAUGGCGACAAGGACGUCCCCUCGACUGCAGAGUCGUUCGGCCAAACCAAACCUCCCUGUAGCCAAAGUGGUGAACCAUGCGGACCAUGUGAAGGCUCUCAAGGCCCAGCUAUCUCAUGUCAAGGCCCUAGUCAAGAAAGAGGCCGAGCACUGGGAGGUCGAGCAAGCCCGCCUACUGCAAGAGCACGAGGAGUGGGUUCGGAAGGAGGACCAAGCUAUUGCGAAGCUUCGUGCGGAAAACGAGGGCCUCGCGGCGCAGUUGAUGCAUACGCGAGGGCCAGCAGAGCCCAGUGUUCAUGACGAGCCGGGAGGUGGGUCGCAGCCUCCCGCCGCGGCAGAGCGUGAACGCAGUCGCUCUACAACACCGUCAACGGACACCGAUAUACCGGAAACCCCUCCGAAGCGCCAGAGACGUUCACGCAAGCGGAAGUCUCAGUUCGCAGGGCGGCCUGACGACGAGGUGGAGGAGAAGUAUGAAGUGGAGAUCCGAACCGUCAAGCAAGAGGAGAAGGAUGGUCCUCUCAUCGAGGAAUUCCACAAGGUGACGCUCUCGAAGUCGGAGGACGGCAGUAUGCUCUGGGAUCUGAACGCGCUGGGGCUCGGCCCCGUCGGCGAUGUAGGCGGCGUCUAUCAGAGAUCCUUCGAACGCAAGGUCGUCAGUUGGGCAUUCGGAGGCGGUCAUAUCAGGACGCAUCACAACCAUAGCACCACGAACUUGGACCCAUAUGCGACAUACCACCCCAAAUGGAAUCCUCAGCUCCCUGGCCGCGCUGGUGCCCACGGCAUUGCUUUCAGUCAUGCCGUCGACGACGAGCUCCUGCCCGUCUUCGUUCGCGUCAAGUCCAAUCAAUGGCGCUACUGCGGCCAUUACGCGACGAACAUGUAUGGCGAUUUGGACUCGACCCAAUUAGCCCGUGUGCCCCGCUCCUGCCUCGUUGCCAUCGCUCGCGACUACAUCGAGAAGAAAUGGGGCCAGGAGUACCUCUCCGAGGUUAACGACGACUUGAAGGAGGAGGCGUUGGCGCAGGGCAAGCCGUACCGACCCGUCCAGUCGACCGAGCAAAGCAUAUGCGCCGCCUUUCUCGAUGGACGCCUGACGAUGAACUUCACCGUGCUGGAGUUCUCGCGCUACGAGCAUUCGUGGUUCCAGAGGUUGCUCGACGCGGAGGCAGCCGGGCAUCGCAUAGCCCCCAAGCCCAAAUACUUGCCGAAGCCCAAGGAACCAAAGACGAAAGCUGACCCCGACGCCAAGCCUAAGGCCAAAAAGCGUUCGAAGAAGGGCUCGACGGCAGACGCGCAGCCCGCCGCGAAGAAGCGGAAGGCGGCGUCCGGCAAGGCGGUCAGAGCGCAGGAGCAGCAAGCAAAGGGCCAGAACGAUGCAGAUUCGGACAUUGAGAUAGUUGGGGUCAAGGAGGCGCCAAAGAGGCAGUUGAGGUCGAGCAGGCGCGCUGUGAACCUUGCCUGGCUGGAAUCGGAUGGUAAGGAAUCAGACGAUGGUGGGGAUGGAGGAGAUUAUGACGACUUUGACGAGGAGAACGAUGAGGCGUAGAAAAUGUCAGUAUAUAACAAUGCCUUUGUGCCAGAAGCGCGCCAGCGACAUUGAUGAU